AAACUCCAACACGAGGUGGCUCUUUUGAGAAGUAAGCUGGUCACACAAAUCAAAGCCAACACUCGUCUCAAGGCCGCUUUCAAUGCCCUCUCCGAGAGCAAUCCUCCCCCUCAAAAGGUCGUCACCGACAAUCCUCCCGUCAACAUAUCAAUUUCCCUCAACCCUUCCAUUCUUGAGGAGGCAGGGAACACAUCUCAAGUUAAUGAAUCCUUCGCUAGUCUUCUUAAUUCCAACAAGAAGGUGUCCCAGACUCUGGACAGAACAGUGAAUGAACUCAAAUCUGCCCUUAGUAGGGUGGAAGCUGAGCUCUCUGCCAGUAUACUUGAGGUCUCCCAGGUUGAAGAAGAGCCUAAACCCGAAGAGGGUGGAGUGCUGGCUCAUGACGCCACCUCAGCUUCGGAGGGGAAACCGGACCGUCUUCGUGACGUCUACUCUUUGAUUAAGGGACUUAUUAAUCAAUUCGACAAUCUGUGCACCUUCCGCAAUUCCUUCCAUGAGACGGUGAAUCGCAGUAUGCUCGCAAACUCUCUCUGUUUAGAGACGAGUACCAGAUGUGCCAUCACUGGAACUGGUCAACAGACGUCUUUUGUGGAGCCCGCAAUUGGAGAGAAAGGCGAUCCAUCAGUAUCUGAGGCUCAUGCCAGAAAACAUGAACUCGUCGAACCGGCUGAGAAUUCAGUCGCAGAGAAGGGUGAUGAUGAGGUAAUGUCAGUGAGCCAGAUGAGUCACAAUAACACAACCUUCCACCUUCUUCGUGAGCACCUUAACGACAACACCAUGGAAGAUCUCUCAAUGAAUAACUCCUUGUCCUUGGCGAUAAGCCAACGAAGCCAUGCUCUUGAUAUCACUGGCCUUGAGAUACACUCUCGGGACAUCUUUGAUCGCGUUGCCCUUGCGGUUGCGGGAAUUCAAGAAGCCUUGGAUGCAUGGUCGCUUGAUGCAGCCACGGAAUUAUUAGCUGCCAUUAAUCUGAACACCGCUUCUCAGAGACCUCCUAUUUCUUCUCGCAAUGAAGGCGCUUGUGCUAAUUUCUUUUCUAUGCAGACCCUGCUGGACCUUGUGUUGCGUUUCGCGGAACUUCUCUCUAGGACCAGGUACCAGGAACUCCUUGAUUCCCCUGCAUUCUCUGGUUGGUGCGAUCUGGUUCACAGGUGGUUUGAGCUCUUUAUUGACACCCUGCAAAGACGCCAGGGCACAGCAAAUCUCACUGAAAUUAAUCAUCAGCUAAACGCUCUUGAACAACAAUUCAACGAAGAAUUCGUAACGACGGCAGCUGUUACCCAACAUCAUCAAACUGCAGCACAGCAGACGUCGGACUCCACGGAACCGCCAAGUAUCUCUUUGUGUGAAAACGGGAAUGACGCUUCGUCGCGUUGCGAGCAGCCCACUUUAACAAUGGAGAAAUUCAAAACUGAUCUCUCCGCAAAUGUUCCGGAUCUCUCUACUAAGACGAUCACUGUUGCCAAUUUCGAGACGAAAGUACAGGACUUGAUGAUGCAACUGAACGAAGCCGUCUCUGCUUCUAAAGCACAUGAGUCCAGAGUCAAGGAGUUGGAGGCUGAAUUACCUCAGCUGGAGACUAAGGUUCGGCAUUUGGAGUCAAAUUCUCAGGCGAAGGAAGAGAGGGCGGCAGAACUGGAGGCGGAAUUAUCGCAACUCCAUGUGAAAUUGCGAAAUGUGGAGACACAACUGGCCGAGUCUUAUGCCAUGGUGGAAGUGCGAGAGGCCAAUGCCAAGGAGUUAGAGACGGAAGUAGCUGAAUCGAGGGCGAAGUUGCAGGACAUGGAGAUGCAACUCACCGAAGCUCAUUUGGAAACACAAACGAAAGAAGUCAGAGUACAGGAGUUGGAGGUGGGUGACCUUGUUUUACUCUGCGCUUCCCCUUCAUUGCCUUUCGUUCAUGUCCCAUCUCUUCUUGUGAAUGUACCUUUUUAUGACGGUGAUCUUGGAGCAUUUACUGAAGUCCUUGAAUCUCAGACAAAGUUGGAGAAAGUGGAUGAGCAAUUGGCAGAAGCCCUUUCCACUACCCGAGCGAAGGAGAUUAGAGUCCAAGAAUUAGAAGUGGCAGCCAAUGACUUGCGGGCAAUCUACGACGAUCUGGAGAAUCAGCUCAACAAUGCCACCAAAGACAUUGACCAAUGGAAGGCCAGAUCUGAGCGUCUAGAGGAUUUGUUAGCAGAGAGCAUUGAGCGAGAGACUGACGCCUCAUUGAAGUUGAGUAGCCUUCUUGACGAAGUAGAUAGUCAGAAAGAGAAGAAUGUGGCAUUGGACGCCCAAAUAAAGGAUAUGCUUGAGCAACACAAGGCCAAUUUACAAAGUGCGCACCAUAAGUACAAGUCACUGCUUGAAGUCGCCGAUUCGAGAUUCGCGGAAAUGGCCGAGCAGUAUCAACUCCUUGUGACUGAAAGAGACAAUCUCAAAGCGGACCUGGCGGCGUGCAAAGAAGAGAAGUUAACGCUCCAAUCAGACCUUGAAAUGGCCCGUAUUGUCUCUGCAAAUGCACAAAUGAAUCUCGGGGCGUUCUUGGAAGAUGCUCCCGUUUGCGGUGAGAAGGAGGAUUUGGGAGUGAUUCGACAAAAGGCUCGAAAGUAUCCUCAGUUGAAGGCUCUCGCUUUUUCACUGAAAUCCAAGCUGGAAAAGCGUUCAACUUCGCUUCACGGUGCCAACAAGGAGAACGCGCGUCUGAAGGUGAUCUUGGGCGAAAACGAGAAACGUGUUCAGGGAUUCAUUCAGGAGUUGGAGAGGCUACGCCAACAAAUUCUGGUCAAGAACCAAGUAAUUAAAAAGCUCGAGUCCGCCGUUCGGGAGUCUAAUAUUGAACAUCCAGUUUCUAGCGUCAAUGAAAUUUCAACCCCGGAGAAUCCACGUAUGGCUUCUACCGACUUUCAUAGUCCGUGUUCAUUUAACCUCGGGCCUACUUCAUGCAUGAUCGAUGGGGAAAUUUUCGACAGCCAUUCCCUACCCGAGCAUCUCAAUGGAGUGAAUUCCCUGGUGGAGGACAUAGGAGCUACUGUGCGAGAGAUUUCAGUCUGUAUGGAUGCUGCAUUUGCAGAAUGCAGAGGGGAACGAUGUCACGAUGAUACGAGCGCUUCGCUUGCUGAUCAGAUGUCGGAUCUCUCAACAGACACUCCCAGCUCUCUAACUGUCUCGCUCACUGAUGAUGCACCUCAACUUUCUACUGCUCGUAAUGUUAGCGCAAUGGCGGUUGCCUUCUUUCUUAAGAUGAUGUUGUACGUCGGUUCUCUGUCUGUUUUUUUUCGGUAUGUGGUUGUGGGUCGUCAUCUUGUCGACAUCGGAACUGAGCUAUGUCAAGUUUGUGAUGGCAAUUUCUGGUUUCUUCGGGAAUUGGGAUUCUUCGUGGAGAACAAGAAUGUUCCAGACCGCCUGAAUCACCUUGUUUUCAAAUUGUCAACAUUUUGGUCUGCCAUGACACAUGAGCUCCAAGCUCUAGUCAGCGCUGUUCAAAGCACUGCAAAUAAUGUUGGUGAAUGUGGCUGUGAGGACCAUACGAGGGCGAGAAAGCUCAUUCGAAGAUCUAUUGAAGCCCUAGGCAACUUAUAUUCUCGACAUCCCGCAAAUUUGUUGAUCUCUCACGUGUUAGAGAGUUUAAGCGAAGCACUGGAGCUGCUCCAUCGUCAGAAUUCUUCCUCUUCGAGUGCCAACAGAACUGAGUCUGCAUCCGCUUCCCAUCAACAGGAACCAGGUGAAGCUGCCCCCACCGCAGUUAGCAAUACAGUUCCUCCCCAACAAGCCGAUCAUUCCUCCUCAUGUAGCUGUUCAUGUCGCCGUCGUUGCAGUAGAAUGGCUGCUUCUGUCCAAGGACUGGCAAAUAUCUGCAAGUCCUUUGUCCUGCCGAUAGUAUCAUUACGAAUAAAUUGCACGGCUAGCGUACUCGCUGGGUGCUCGUUUGAACGGGGAGACGUUGGAGCUGAUUUGGAGCAAGUUCGGGAAGAAGAUAUGGUGGUGGUUGAGGACAGCACAACUCCUGAAGACUCCCUGGAUAAUUCAUAG